AUGGCGAACUAUCACAAGCUACAGUCGAAGACUACCCAGGAGCUGCGGGACAUCGCGAACAAAUUGAGGAUUCACGCGGUCGAGGCCACGCAGGCCAGUAAAUCCGGACAUCCGACAUCAUGUUCGUCCAUGGCGGAAAUUAUAUCCGUUCUCUUCUUCCACACAAUGCGGUACAAAGUAUCAGCGCCACGUGAUCCAAAUAGUGAUAGAUUUGUCCUCAGCAAAGGCCAUGCAGCUCCAAUUCUUUAUGCAGCAUGGGCGGAAGCAGGCUUGUUCCCAUCUAGCGAGUUGUUGAAUUUGAGAAAAUUCGAUAGCGAUUUAGAAGGACAUCCUACCCCAAGGCUUAAUUUUGUAGAUGUAGGAACUGGUUCAUUAGGACAAGGCCUCUCAAUCGCUGCAGGCAUGGCUUAUGUCGGAAAGAAUUACGAUAAAGCCAGUUAUCGUGUUUAUUGUUUGAUUGGUGAUGGAGAAUCGGCUGAAGGUUCCAUUUGGGAGGCUCUUCAUUUUUCAUCUUAUUAUAAGUUAGACAAUCUUUGUGCCAUUUUUGACAUCAAUCGUCUCGGACAGAGCGAGCCGACCUCAUUGCAACACAAUAUGGAAGUUUACCGCAAAAGAUUAGAGGCCUUUGGUUUUAAUGCCUUAGUUGUGGAUGGCCACGAUGUGGAAGAAUUGGCGAAGGCUUUCCAUGAAGCACAAAAUACAAAAGGACGUCCCACUGCCAUUUUAGCUAAGACUUUUAAAGGUAAAAACUUCCCUGAGAUUGAAGAUCUGGAUAACUGGCAUGGCAAGCCUUUGGGUAACAAGGCAACUGAAGUUAUUCAGCACUUGACUGGACUUUUGAAGAAUUCUGGUCCUCUUGGACUGCAUCCACAAAAGCCGAUUGUCGACGAUGCUCCUCUUGUAGACAUCAGCAAUAUCACAUUGGCUUCACCUCCAAAUUACAAGCUAGGUGAACAAGUAGCUACUAGGUUGGCUUAUGGCACGGCUCUUGCAAAACUUGCAAAGAGUAAUCCUCGUGUCAUAGCUCUGGAUGGUGAUACGAAGAAUUCUACUUAUGCUGAGAAGAUAAAAACAGUCGAUUCGGCUAGAUUUAUCGAAGGAUUCAUCGCCGAACAAAAUGUUGUGGGUGUUGCAAUUGGUGCCGCUUGCAGAGACCGCACUGUCGCAUUUGUGUCAGCUUUCGCAACGUUCUUCACGCGUGCUUUCGAUCAAAUCCGCAUGGGUGCAAUAUCACAAACGAACGUGAACUUUGUUGGCUCGCAUUGUGGCGUGUCUAUCGGCGAAGAUGGACCUUCGCAAAUGGGCUUAGAGGAUAUCGCCAUGUUCCGCGCUGUUCCGGGUUCUACUAUCUUUUAUCCGAGUGACGCUGUGUCAACGGAGCGCGCUGUCGAAUUGGCGGCUAACACCAAAGGCAUCUGUUUUAUUCGCACUUCUCGUCCGGCUACAGCCGUUUUGUACAAGAACGAUGAGUCACUGGCUAUCGGUAAAGCCAAAGUGGUCAGGUCUUCCGCGAAGGAUCAAGCGCUCGUGAUUGGUGCCGGUGUAACAUUGCACGAGGCGUUAAAGGCGGCAGACGAAUUAGCCAAAGUUGGAAUCAACAUUCGUGUAAUUGAUCCAUUCACAAUUAAACCUAUUGAUGCGCAAACGAUCAUAAAGAAUGCUAAAGAGGUUGACGGCAGAAUCGUUACUGUUGAGGACCAUUACACUCAGGGAGGUCUGGGAGAGACAGUUCAAUCCGCGGUCGCUUUGGAAAGAAAUAUAAUAGUAAAGAAGUUAGCAGUACCAGACGUGCCGCGUUCUGGCCCGCCAGCGGUAUUGCUCGAUAAUUAUGGCAUCAGUGCACGUAACAUUGUCGCGGCGGUACAAGAAAUCGUAAAAUAUUAAUUUUGCAACUUCAGAUCGCUGAUUAGAUCGAAGAGGAACUGUCUAUGUACAAACAAUAUUUCUAUUUUUCCAAAGCACAAAUUUUGAUGGAGUAAUAUGAUGAAACAUUCCAUCUUCCUUACCAUCCUUCCUAACCCUUUCGCUACCGCUGGUUUGGCCCCUGACCGUUUUUGCUAAACCGACUGCUAUGCCAUAAGUACAGUUCACAUACAAACGUCUUUAGCGUUUUGAGUUUACUUGUUCAUAAUUCAAUCUAUCAGCCAUGUUUCUCUCGUCCAAUCUCUAUAGGCCUUGUAUUACUUAUUCGCAGUUACUUUAUUUGAUUUGAUCUUUUCGAGCGAUUUUAAUCUCAUGGUAUGUGAAGAACAUUUUGUGGCAAGCGACUUUAAUCACCCGUGAUAGUGAAAGAGUUAAGACACUUAUAUAGAGCGAAGAUUGAAACUAUUACAACUUUGAUAGAAUUUAAUUUUUUAAGCCACGAAGAUAGUCCGGCUUACAGAUGAAAUCAAAAUAAAAAAACAAGUUUCAAGCUUUGCUCUAAAAAACCAGCUUAAUGUACAUUGAUUGUACAUGUAAUCAACAAAAGCAUUUAUUUCUAAGCCAUCGAAUAUAUAUAUCUGUUGAGAAAAAAGUAUCUUUAUAUUCAUAUUUACGAUUUAUAUAAGACGACAAAUUUGUAAACACAGGUUUAUAUAACGUUUUUCUAACGUAAGGAAGUUUAUUCCUUAAAGAAAUUUCAUACUUGAUGUUUUGUAUUGUUAAAAAUAUUUUUAACAUUUUUAUAUUUGUUACAAAGCACAAGAGUGAAAUAUUGAAAUUGUUUUUUUUGAGGGGAUGAUUUAUAGAACAUCAAGUGGAAAUAGAAUUAUAUUUCAAAAAAA